UGUUGCUUUAAUACCAACUUGAACUCUCUAUCCAACAAUUUUUUUUAAUAUAGAAAAACACAAAUCAAGAAGUGGUCUUUCCUGCCUCUUGUCAAAAAACAAUGCUAAUUAUGCCUUCAUCUCCUUCAAAGGUUAAUUCAUACUCAUUUCUCUCUCUUUUGUACAAAAUGACAAAGUAGAAGGACUUCUAUGCUCUUGUUCUGUCUGGUUCAUGGUUAACAAUAAUUGCAUGCAAUAGAUCAUACACUUCCUCUUUGAUUAUUGAUCUUUAACUGCUUUGGAUCCCUCCUUCUGAGAAGAGGCCACAGUCAUCCUAGAAAUUUCAACAACUAUAUGUGAACUGAAUGACGGAUACAACCAUGUCAUUAAUUGGAUCUUCUGAGCUACCUCCGGCAUCACAUAAAAACGCUAAGCUCUACUCGCUAAAGGAAAUUGAUAUUAACCCUGAUUUGUCCUCCCAAAUUACUUAUUCUGAUAAGCAUAGAAGCAUGUAUAUGACAGAUGCUUACUCGAGCGAGAGUUACGAGAAGUAUUUCCAUGACUCGAAUACAGAAGAACUGAUAGAACCAUCUAGUUCCAACGUCUCUACAAGUUUCAUGCCAACAAGGCAACGUGGUGCUGAUCAGUCCAGUUUUGGAUCAGAUUUGAUAAUGGAAAAUCGAAGCAUGGAUUCAAUUGAAGUUGAUGGUGUAAUGAGAUCAAAACUAGAAGCAUUGGAGAGGGCAUUGCUUGAUGAUAGUGACAUUGAGGAAGAAGAGGAAUAUGGUAAUUCUCAAACCAUGGAAAUUGAUCCUAACAUUAUUGAUUGGGCUGAUCCUGAUCCAAUUCAGAAUAUGCUGCUGUUCCAUGACCAUGACUCACCAAAGGAGUAUUCGUCUCCAGAUUCCAAUAUUAGCAGCAUCAGUAGCACCACCAAAGAAAUAACAAAAAUUUCUAGGACCCCCAAGCAACUUCUUUAUGAAUGUGCUACUGCAAUUUCAGAAGGAAAUGAAGAGGAAGCAUCGUCAAUGAUAAACAAUCUCCGACGAAUUGUCUCAAUUCAAGGAGAGCCUUCCCAAAGAAUUGCAGCCUAUAUGGUGGAGGGACUCGCCGCUCGCCUCGCUGAAUCCGGAAAAAGUAUUUAUAGAGCUUUGAAAUGCAAGGAACCUCCUUCUUCGGACCGUCUAGCAGCGAUGCAGAUAUUGUUCGAGGUUUGUCCAUGUUUUAAAUUCGGGUUUAUUGCUGCUAACAACGCAAUUACAGAAGCGGUUAAAGAUGAAACGAAAAUUCAUAUCAUAGAUUUUGAUAUCAAUCAAGGAAGUCAGUACAUAACCCUGAUUCAAACACUUGCUUCGAGGUCUUGUAAGCCAUCACAUGUUAGAUUGACCGGGAUUGAUGAUCCUGAGUCCGUGCAGCGAUCCAUUGGAGGACUAAAGAUCAUAGGACAACGACUUGAACAACUAGCAGAAACACUUGGUUUGUCAUUUGAAUUUCGAGCGGUCUCAUCGAGGACUUCGAUUGUCACCUCAUCAAUGCUUAAUUGUCGUCGUGGAGAAGCUCUUGUGGUGAACUUUGCAUUCCAGCUUCAUCACAUGCCUGACGAGAGCGUUUCAACAGUGAACGAAAGAGACCAACUUCUUCGCUUGGUAAAGAGUUUGAAUCCAAAGCUUGUAACGGUCGUGGAGCAAGAUGUAAACACCAAUACCGCUCCGUUUUUGCAGAGAUUUGUUGAAGCUUACAAUUACUACUCAGCUGUGUUUGAGUCACUUGAUUUUACUCUUCCUAGAGAAAGCCAGGAUAGGAUGAAUGUUGAGAGGCAAUGCUUGGCAAGAGAUAUUGUUAAUACGGUUGCAUGUGAAGGUGAAGAUAGGAUAGAACGGUAUGAAGUCGCGGGAAAAUGGAGAGCUAGGAUGACAAUGGCUGGAUUCAGUUCAUCACCAAUGAGUACAAAUGUGAGUGAUGAAAUCCAAAAACAAGUUAAGUUGUACUGUGAUAGGUACAAGAUAAAGGAGGAAAAGGGCGCACUUCAUUUUGGUUGGGAAGACAAAAACUUGAUUGUUGCUGCAGCAUGGAGGUGACCAAGAUAAUAAUUCAUAUCAGGAUAGACUCAUUCUAGUAUUUGAUGAUGUAGUAUUUUCUUGCUCAAUAGUUCUGUACACUCACUAUGAUCUUUGUAUUAUAGUGUUUAGCUAAUAAUGAACUUUCAUUUCAUUUAA